CUCUUCCCAAUAUGCAUGGCCUCGGUACGUCUGCGAGGCCCCCUUGCCACUUGCACCCCACACCCACCACUCCUCCGCCCACGACUGGGCCUCCCCUCAUAGCGCAUACAUCCACGUCGCGUGCUUGUAGGGACGUGCAAUGUCUGAUCUCCAGCCUAGCCAUCUUCCCCCUGCCCCCGAGGACGCCUCACACGCUCAAGCCGUGCGAUCGAGCGCCGACGACCACAUUGAUGUCGGUCAGAGCCUUGCCGAUGAACAGAUCGACCAGGGACCGAGUGCCGAUGAACAGAGCGAGGAGAAAUCCAGCUAUGAAUGGAGAUAUGAGAAUGGCCGCUGUAAGCGGAUAUUCAUACCCUGGUGGAACGCCCAUUGUCAAGGCACCCUGCCGCUGGCCCUCUCCGCUCGCAUCCCGCUCGAGGUCUUCGAGUUCGUUAUCAACGAGAUGGAUCCUCCCACGUUUAUCGCCGCGGCGCUGGUCUGCACGGCAUGGUACCCUCGCGCGAUGCACAACCUCUACUACGCCAUCGAGAUACGCAGCCGCGCAAGCUACAACAUGCUGUUCAAGCAGUGCCACGCGUCACCACGCGUCAAGCAGUGGCUCGCGAGCACAUGCGAGCUGACGGUAGAUGAGCAGUGGUCCUUAUAUAGCUCCAGGCUCAAGGACAACCUUAAGGGCCAGGACAAGGGUGAAGACGAGGACGGGAGCGUGAUGUCCCCGCAGCGUAGAAAGGAAAUCUACGGUGAUAAUCACUUCUUACCAGCACUACCGUCUGCGCUCGCUGGUCUGAUGCCUCGUGUACGCGUCCUUCACAUCCGCGAUGCAAGACUUUGUUUCAUCCGCAUGGACUUCUUCUUCGCCCUGUCGAGGUUCCGGUCUGUCAAGUUGUUGACGCUCUACCAAUUGGAAGUGGACAACAUCAUGCAGCUGCGGCGGAUUGUAUCUGCCUUCCCCCAGCUUACAGACCUCACGCUGUCGGUGAUUGAGGUUGCUCCGCGAGGUGCUGCCAGUUACGCGGGAGCCUCACUAUUUCGGCCACCAUCUCACAUGCGUCUUCGAUACCUUAACGUCGAGGUGAAUGAUGAACGCAUGGGGAUGUUCCUUGACUGGAUGUCGCGCUCAGACCUCUGCACCUCACUUGCGAAUCUGAGGAUCUGGUCAGAAAGUUCCUCCGUGACACCGACACCCUUUAACCAGCUCCUCGAAAUGGCGGGGGCAUCAUUGACCCGUUUCUGCGAGAGGAGGCCCCCCUUUGGACAUCAUACCCGUAAGACCGCCAUUGUCUUCAAGCAUACAGACUUCACUACUGAUGCACAUGCACAAUGUAGGGUCUCACGCAAAUCUCUUGCAAAACACCGCCUUGCAAUCCUUGAACUUCGCGCUGCGACGUGACAUACACACGGGCAAUUACCAGGGGCCUCACGCGGCGUGGACCAAAGCAACGGACGAGUUACACGGCAUAUUCUCCACCGUCCGAAGCCGUCAGCUCGAGCACAUCGAGGUUCACGUUCAACAAGAUUACGUCGACCAGAGCAUUUUCGAGUCUGACUCGGAGGAGCCAAGCGCUGUCCUCGAGAAGCUUGACCUGCGGGACCUGCACGAGGUCAUCAGCCAGCCAUACUUCGACGCAUUGAAGGAUGUCAGGGUGGAGAUGGAAUUGUUUUCUCG